AAGACUCUUAAUUUGCCAUAUAUGUUUUGCACAAUACGUUCCCUGCGUAGCUCUACGCGAUGACGUCAAGCAGCCAAAGAACAAACCGACGCAUGAUCUGAGAGAAAGAGGCGCCGGCGAACAAGAGGACAUGGCUGUGAACGUAUAUUCCACCUCAGUGACUAGCGACAAUCUGAGUCGUCAUGACAUGCUUGCGUGGAUCAAUGAGUCUCUACAGAUGAACUUUACCAAGAUUGAGCUUUUAUGUUCAGGUGCAGCCUACUGCCAGUUCAUGGACAUGCUGUUCCCAGGCUGCAUACCUUUGAAGAAAGUUAAAUUUGGGGCAAAGUUAGAGCAUGAAUACAUUCACAAUUUUAAGAUAUUGCAAGCUGCCUUUAAGAAGAUGGGAGUUGAUAAGAUUAUCCCAGUUGACAAAUUGGUGAAGGGCAAAUUUCAGGACAAUUUCGAGUAUGUUCAGUGGUUUAAAAAGUUCUUUGACGCCAACUAUGAUGGGAAAGAGUAUGACCCAGUGGAGGCGCGACAGGGCCAGGACACAAUGCCAGUUCCAAACCCCUCCAUGUCUGCCCUCAGCAAGCCCAAGAAGAUCAUGAAUGCAGUCCAUCAGCCUCCCCCUGUUAGGACAACCAAACCAGCAGUUGAAAUCGCACCACAGAGGGCGGCCGUUGCCAAGGUAACACCCAAGAUGGUGCCUGGCUCUGCACGGAGACCUGGUGCUGGUGGCGAUGAGGAAAGAGCAGAGCUAAUUCAAGAGUUAAACAUCUUGAAGUCUACGAUCCAAGAUAUGGAGAAGGAGCGGGACUUUUACUUUGGCAAACUGAGGAACAUUGAGCUGAUCUGUCAAGAGAAGGAGGGUGAAGGAGACCCAACCCUGCAGAGGAUUGUGGAUAUUCUCUAUGCCACAGAUGAGGGGUUUGUCAUACCAGACGCUGAGUCAGAGGACCAGGAGGAGUUCUAAUGCUCGUGUCUCGCUGCAGUUUUACCCUCCUCUCACACCCUCCAUUCCUGCCCUGUCCACACAGUCACUUACCUCCCCUAUCCACACAUUACGUUACGCGUUUGGACUUUUCCGAACAAACUCCAUAUCGAGUCCCAUCGCAUCUGCUAAAGCAUGCAUAGACACACAUCAUGCUGUUUUUAAAGCCCUCAGACCUCUGGCUGCCACGAUACUCCUGUUCCGCUCCCAAGGAAAGAGAGCGUUUCAUCUCUUGUAAUAUACAAUCUAACUUUGCUUUCCUCUUUCAGCAACUUCAGACACCUGCAAAUGUAUUUAUCUUAUUUUAAAUGUCUCCGAAACACAUCGUCUGUAGUGAUUUCUAGUGGCGUCUCUCCCCUCACUGCUGUGGUACAUAUCUGUGAUCACGUCUUAUUUGUACGUUACUGACACAAAAACUGAGGGACGGAAUGACCAAACGUGCGUUUAGUUCAUCGCCAAACCCCUCUGACCUCCUAGUUUCCACUCAUGGUUUUGGUGGUUGCUUUGGCGUAAGGCAGGUAGCAGUCACCACCGCUCCAGUCUAUCCUCAGUGACUGUGCCUUAUACAGACUGUCUGGAGGGAGUGGACCCAGUCUGACGUUUGUCUUUUCUUUGUUUUUUGGAUGUAGUUGAGCGUCGUUUUUCAAGUCGGCGCAUGUACUAACACUCAGUCGUGCUCUUUGGUCUACAGAGCGCAGCGUAUUGUAGAACCACAGUUGCGCGGGUAAAAAUAUUUUAUUAUAAUUUUAUUUUCGUUUUAAAGAAUUAUCUGUAUGAACUACGUUGGUGGACUCGAGGCCAAAAUUUGAGUUAACAAGACAAACACUGCCCGUUUUCUACCUGUUUUUACUGCCUUAUAUUUAAUGCGUUUUUCUAUCCUUUCAUCCGCAUCGUCUCUACUGGCAAAUGUUUGUAAUUCAAGUUAACGUUGAGAGUUUUUUUUUCUUUAGUUUCUUUUGUAAUUAAGUUCAGAAGUAGUAGCAGCAGAAUAUUGUCAGACCCAAAUUUUCACAAGUACACUAGAUAAAAACGUGAGUUAUUUAAAAGAAAAUAUUGCACUCUUUGAAAUCCAUUCCCCAAAUAGCCAUGUCAAGCUGACGUUCUUAAAGCAGAACACUAAAAAUAUCGACUAAAGGAGCUUUUUAGAUGAAAUCUUUUCUUCUUGCGUUUUGAGUUGGAUGCCCUGUGUUUGAUCGCUCACUUCAUUUGUCGCUUUUAGGAGAUUGGUGAAAAGAUUUUGAUUCGGGAUCACUGUGCCAACUUUCUCUGAUGUGUAGCUUCAUUGUUUUCAUCUGCACUGGUCAUUCUCUAUUGCUAUGACUUUUUCUGUGUGUAGUUCUCAAUGUUGCGUUUGAUCUACGUCAAUAGCACAUGCAAAACCGGCAAUCAGAGUUUUAUUGGUGCUAUCAAAUACCUUGACCCUUAAGAACCUGCCUGUUUGUGCUGAAAAGCCUCUUUUGUUGGUUGUUUUGGGUUGAUUGGAUUGGAAACACUGCUGCACUCGAGUGGAUUUAACAGUGCUGGAUCUGUUCUAAAUAGGAGAUAAUAAGAAAACAAGUGACACUCGCAUCUCUGAGUUUGCAUUAUUAUUAUUUUAUUUUUUUGGACAAAAAGUUCAUUGUGAUUUCACAUAAGCCGGACAGCUAAAUAUUGGCAUGAGGUGGAUCCAAAUAAAAAUGUGGAAGGAAGUAGUUUGGAAGCAGGUAAUAUCUGUGAAAUGCAGUGAUUCACCAUUCCUUCCUGUCUUUCAAUGCUCUGUGGCCUUUAAGAACAAUCUGUAGCGAAGGUACUCAGUACAUUGUGGGCCCCCGCGCCACGACCAAACUGUCUCUCUCCCUGUUUUUUUGUACUUGCAGGCUGUUAAAGAAUUCCACAUUUUUAACUGAAGUCCAUUUCUUACAAUAAAACAGUAUUUACAUGUC